AUAGGCUCUUGACUGUCUUAACUAGUUAUUAAAAAAUAGUUAGUACCUACCUGUUGUAUACUUGUACUAGUAUGCCGUUUGAUCAAUGUCAUUGUGUUGUGUGAUUUUAAUUUUAAUUUUCUGUUUGCUAUUAAAUCCUACCUCAUGUUUGUUUUUUUAUGUAAUCAAUUCUAUUGAAAUGUUAUGAUUACAUCAAAGAAUAAUCAUGUUUACUGCUUUUGGUUGUACCGAUAUGACAUUUAUUUUUAAUUUUUAUUAUCAAAGUAUGUGUCCAGCGUUUAAUAUAGAUAUUCAGAAAUCUGAACAAAUAUUUAGAAAACAAAAACCCAAAACAGUUCCAAUAAGCGUCAACAUGAAAUUUGAGAAAAACAUUUUUCCAGCUGAAUGGGAAAGCGAUAGUGAUGAGUAUGAUGAAUUUGGUGAUAUUAUUGAACGCAAAUCAUAUAAUGUAAGACCAGAAGUAGAAGAUUUUCAAUUAACAUUGAUAAAUGCUUGUACAACAAACAAUGUACCAGAAAUCACCCGUGCUUUAAACUCGGGAACUGUUAAUAUUAACAGUUAUUUGAAUAAUAAUUGGACUGUUUUGAUGAAUGCAGCAUUUUAUGGAUCUUUAGAUGCUGUAAUAUAUCUUUUACAGAAUGGUGCUGAUCCAUUAAUAGAGUAUGACUGUCAUAAUGUUAUAAUGUGUGUAUGUAAUUGUUCUAGAAUUUCUAAUGAAUUGGACUUAUUAAAUUGUUUAAAGCAUUUAGCAAAUGUUGAUGGUAUUGAUAUUAACUCUAAAGAUAGGACAGGAUUGACAGCGCUCAUGUAUGCAUGCUCCAAUGGUUGGUUAAAAUUAGUAGAAUUUUUAGUCGAUCAUGGUGCAGAUAUAGAGAUGAAAGAUAAUCAGUCUGGAGAGACGGCUUUGUUUUUUGCAGUACGUAACAACCAUGUUAAUAUUGUCAAAUUUCUAUUAUCAAAAGGAGCUGACAAAGAUGUCACCGACAAGAAAUGUCAGACAGUGUUUAGAAUAGCUGAAAAUAAAAACAUGGUUGAUAUUUUAAAUUUAUUAAAUAGCGAUUAUAAAAAUGCACAACUAGAAGUUUAUUAUUCAGAAGAAGAACAUCCUUAUUGGGAUGAAGUUAUGACUGAAUUAGAAAAUGGUUUUAGUAAAGACAUUAAAUCAUUUUUAGAAGUCUUAUCUAUGGAUAUCUAUACAGAUCAGCUAAUUUCCAAUAAUAUAACUUUUAAAAACUUACUUUCUGGAAAUAAUGACCAAUUUGUUAAUAUGGGAAUUACUUUGUCACCACAUCGUAAGCUUUUGGCUACUGCGCUUAAAUGUUUUCAUACAUGGAAUUGGUCUAAUUAUUCUUUAGAUAUUAAAAAAAAUGAUAUGAAUGUUGAAAGAAUUGCCCAGAUAUUAGGGAUGAUAGUAAGACAAUUGCAUAUAUUAGAUGCUUCAAUAAAGUAUUUAGGAACUCAUAGUUAUGGUUUGGAUCAACAAAAAGGUCAAGAAGCCAUUAAUUAUUUGAAAAGAAUCAGAAUUUUGGAGAAUAAAAUAUUUAAAAUAUUAGACCAAAAAAUAAGAAUGGGUCAAGUGGAUUAUACAGGAUAUAAAAAAAGGAAUCGAAAUAUAAAAAAAAACUUAGAUAAGUUGUUUGCUGGUACAGCUGUUAUUUUAUUAUUAUUACGCAUAUUUUAAAUUUUAUAUUUGAUCGAUUUAAGAAGUGUAAAAUAUUGUUGGUAUUGUAAAUUGUA